AAACACUCCGAUUCGACCGUUUUUCAUAGGAUACCAGCAUAUCCGAUGGAACAUUUGCCGAUAAUUACUUCAUCUACGCAACUAUGACCGUUAAAUCUUACAGAAUUUUCUAAUUUUCGAAACUAAACCGCCUCAAAUCAUAUGAUUGCAGUACCCCUUUCUCUACAUUCCACUCGAUUCCAAUAUAUAAUUCCCAUAAAAAUUCAGUAAUCUUGCAAAAUUACAAUGUAAUUCAUCAAGAUUACCAAGUAAUUACCUAAGAUUACACAGUGAUCCACCAAAAUUACCAUGUAAUUCGCAAAAAUUACAGUGUAAUUCACCCAAAUCACCUAGUAAUUCAGCGAAAUUACACCGUCGUUCAUAA